GUGAGGGGUGAGGGGCGGCGGGGAGGGGCGGCCAUAGGACCCGGCCAUAGGACCCGGCCAUAGGACCCGGCCAUAGGACCCGGCCAUGGCGCACAAACAGAUCUACUACUCCGACAAGUACGAUGAUGAGGAGUUCGAGUACCGGCACGUGAUGCUGCCCAAGGACAUCGCGAAGCUGGUGCCCAAGACCCACCUGCUGUCGGAGUCGGAGUGGCGGAACCUGGGGGUGCAGCAGAGCCAGGGCUGGGUGCACUACAUGAUCCAUGAGCCAGGUGAGCCUCGGGGGGGGGGGGGGGGGGCUGCGGCCGUGGGGCCGGGCUCACACCACCGUGUGCCCGUGUCCCGUUACCCCUCAGAGCCCCACAUCCUGCUCUUCCGACGGCCGCUGCCCAAGAAGCCGGAGAAGUGAGAGGCGCCCGGUCCGAGCCGAGCCAGCACCUUCCUCCUCAGCAUCACCCUCGGGGGGUUUGCCCCACGCCUCCCGGUGCUCCCCGGGCGCUGCACGGCGGCGGCUCCGCCCCGGGGCUGGUGCCCGUUUGUACCGUUAAUAAAGGGAUGUUUGUCUGGGA